CUUCCAUAGACAAAAGCUUUCACAAUGGCCUUCGGAAAGAUUUACGGUCAGCCUAACAACGGUCGCACCAUCGCUGCCCUCGUCGCGGCUAAGGCCAACGACGUUGAGGUCGAGCUGGUUGAGACUGAGGCUAACGCCAACGCCGAGUUCAACAAGUCUGCUGAGUACCUCAAGCUCAGCCCCCUCGGCAAGGUCCCUGCUUUCGAGGGUGCCAAUGGCUACACUCUCUCCGAGUCCAUUGCCAUUGCUGUCUACCUGACCUCCCAGAAUGAGAAGACCACCCUCUUGGGUAAGACCAAGCAGGACUACGCUUCCAUCCUCCGCUGGUUGUCCUUUGUCAACUUCGAAGUUCUCCCCCGCUUCGGCGCUUGGUACCGUCCCCUCUUGGGCUUGGACGGCUACAACAAGAAGAAUGUUGAGGAAGCUUCCAAGGUUGCUCUGAAGAACAUCUCCGUUUUGGAGAAGCACCUCAUUGCCAACACCUACCUCGUUGGCGAGCGUAUCACCCUGGCUGAUAUCUUCGCUGCCUCUGUCCUCACCCGUGCCUUCGCCACUGUUUUGGACAAGCAGUUCCGUUCUGAGAACCCUGCUGUCGCUCGUUGGUACCAGACCAUCGUCAACCAGCCCUACUUCAAGGCUGUUGUUGAGAACCCCGUUCUUGUUGAUGAGGUCAUCAAGUACACCCCUCCCAAGAAGGAGGAGAAGCCCAAGAAGGAGGCUGCUCCUGCUGCUGCUGCCGAGCCCAAGCCUGAGGGUGAGCAGAAGAAGCCCAAGCACCCCCUUGAGGCUCUCGGCAAGCCCGAAUUCAUUCUUGAUGAGCUUAAGCGUACCUACUCUAACGAGGACACCCGUCCCGUUGCUCUCCCUUGGUUCUGGAAGAACUUGAAGUCUGACGAGUACUCCCUGUGGAAGGUUGACUACAAGUACAACGAGGAGCUCAAGCUCACCUUCAUGGCCAACAACCUGAUUGGUGGUUUCCACGCUCGUCUUGAGGCUUCCCGCAAGUACUUGUUCGGUGCCCAGUCUGUCUACGGUACCAACUACAACUGUAUCAUCCGCGGUGUCUUCCUGGUCCGUGGCCAGGAGUUCAAGCCCGCCUUCGAUGUCGCCCCCGACUGGGAGAGCUACGACUUCGUGAAGCUUGAUCCCUCCAAGGAGGAGGACCGCAAGUAUGUUGAUGACAUGUGGGCUUGGGAUGUUCCUGUCGUCGUCGACGGCAAGGAGUACCCCUGGGCUGAUGGCCACGUCUUCAAAUAAGCUAGUGCAUUAGGUCCCGUGGCAAACUCAUGAUGUUACGUCCUAAAUUUCUGGUUGUUGAGUGGCCUUCCUCAUAUUCGGCCUGAAAAAAUUUCACUUCACUUUAUACCCUAGGGUUGGAGAGUACUACGCCGCUGCACGCCUUGUGGUUCAGGUUUUCUGCAUUGUGCCACCCGUACAGCUCUCUGCCCGAUCCAAAUCCCGUCUAAUGUCCACCCUGUCCAUGACGGUUAACGCUUUCUGAAAAAAAACUAUUUGAUCAUGUCACGCUUACGAAUUGAGAUGCCGGAUGAUGCAGUAGCUACUAUUUUAGCACUGAAUAGCACUUUGUGCCCACUC